UUGAUUCGUCGUCCGUCAGUGCUCAGUACGUCAGUCAGUGUCAGUCAUAAACAUUGUUGUUGUACGACAGGUUGGAAGUGACAACGCAGAGAAAGGACUUGGCGUCUGUCGCUGUCACUGUUCACAACAAUAACAAACACUCGUGCUGUUUCGCAAAGUGACUUUUCAAGAUGAAAGCGACUUUUAUUUUUCUGUCCAUUUUCAUAGUCUGUUGCGUGGCUGGUCCAAGAUAUCCAGUGAUUCUUGUGCCAGGAGAUGGGGGCUCACAGCUGGAAGCUAAACUCAACAAGACCACAGCUCCACAUUACUUGUGUCAGAAACACACCUCUUCAUACGAGUCAAUAUGGCUGAACUUGGAGGAGCUGCUGCCUGAAGUAAUCGACUGCUUCGUGGACAAUAUGAGGUUACGGUAUGACAAAGAUAAGCAUAGUACCUAUAAUGCUCCUGGUGUGGAUUUAAAAACUCAUGACUUUGGUGGAACAUCUGCUGUUGAGUGGCUUGAUCCGAAUCCAGUGACCCAUAUUUCUUCAUCGAUUCAGUACUUUUUUCCCAUAGUCAAGGACUUGGUCUCCCUGGGCUACGUUCGGGGCAAGUCUGUCAGAGGAGCUCCUUUUGAUUUUCGUAAAGCGCCAAAUGAGCUUGGUGAAUUCUAUGAGAACUAUAAGAAGCUGAUUGAAGAGACAUACAGAAUCAACAACAACUCCAAAGUUGCCCUUGUCGCUCACAGUAUGGGCAACCCAGUCACUCUAUAUUUCCUCAACAAGCAGCCCCAGGAGUGGAAAGAUCAGUACAUUCAGUCGUUCAUCACCAUUGCUGGAGUGUGGGGGGGAGCUGUCAAGACCCUAAGACUGAUGUCUUCAGGUGAUGACCUAGGUGUAGUGAUCGUCAACCCUCUGAAGGUGCGGCCUGAGCAGCGAGCAAUGCCUAGUACAGCUUUUCUCAUGCCCACCGACCAAUUCUGGCAACCUUCGGAGGUCCUGGUUCAAACUGAGAAAAGGAACUACACAGUGAUGGACUACAAGGACUUCUUUAAUGACAUGAAUUACACAGAUGGCUACAACCUGCGGCUGGACACAGAGAAGUUGAUCCAUGAGGUGACACCUCCAGGUGUUCCCGUCCACUGCCUGCACGGCCUGGGAGUGCACACCCCUGCAGCGCUUGUCUUCCCUCCCGGUGGGUUCCCUGACACCUAUCCAAAGACAGUAGUAGGAGAUGGUGAUGGCACCGUGAACAAGCGCAGCUUGCUGGGCUGUCUGAGGUGGUCAGGGAAGCAGAAGUACCCCGUGAAGCAUAAAGUCUUUAAAGGAGCAGAGCACAUGAGCAUUCUUUCUCUUCCUGAGAUCAGUAAAUAUAUUGUCAGUGUAAUCACUGGGAAAAGAUGAUGACAUUCCAACCUUUACCCUUUUUUUUUCUCCAAUAUACUCUGCAUUGAUGUGAUUACAUUUUAAAUUCAUUUCUCGGACAAUAUUUAGUUUUUACUGGCUAUAGUUUGAAAUAGGUUGUCAUAAAUAUGUUAGGGAGGAAUUCACGGAAAAAAUGGGCACAGCUUUAUUUCUUUUCUCAUUUUUCAGAUAAGCUUUAAGACUUUAAGGUUUAGGCACACUCAAGUAAUUUUCCCUAUUCUUAUAUUAAGUUUCUGCCUAUUUCUUUGUAAAGUAAAAAUGAAAGGACAAUUCUUAUGUUGGAAAAUAACUGUCUUAACUUUUUCCUGAAUAAUGAUGUCACAGACAACCUUAACAAAUGACCUUUCUUGUUUUGGGGACUUUGGGUUUUUUCCCCUUGGGGGGGGGGGGGGGGCUAAUGCUGUUUAUUAAUGGUUUGAUUGUUUGACUUAUUAUGUUUGCACAUGGCAAUCUUAAUGCUAUGAGUUAUUUUUAUUCUUUUCUCAGGUUUUUUCCCAGAAUACUGAUAAAGAUAUUAAUUACUAUUCUUGAGUCUUUUUCCUCUUUGGGGCUUUGGGUCCAGUGUAAUUUACUAGGAAUCAGGGUAGUUGACUACAGUUAUGUUUGUCCUGCCACACCCUUGACAUUGUGACAUCCGACUUUAAAGAUCUCUUUGUUUUAAAACAUCAUUAUACUUUUAGUGCAUAUAAAUGAAAGUUCAGUUGUUCAGUUUUGUUAUUUUGGUGUUCUUGGGUACAAAAUUCUCAUAUGUUUCCCCCUUGUGACUAUUAUUUUACCUAAGACAUAAUGUUAUACCGCUUUGUACCUCUAUCUAGUCAGGUCUCAUUGAUCAAAGCUUUGUAUUUUAUUUGCUGAUGACUAUAGGUCUGUGCUCAAGGGAUGAAGCUCAGGUUUUGUAUAAGAUAUACCACUCUUGUUUCCAUUAUUAACUCUGUCAAGACACCAGCACAUUCUGGACAAGCAAAUUUUGUAGAAACUUUCGGAAAUUGUAAUGUUACUUUUUCUGUGUUCUACAGUUGACUCUUUUUGUGUGUGUGUGUGUCUGAGGUCAGCACCAGCAGUUAUGUAUGGCACAGUUAGUGUUUGAGCUUUAAAAAAAAGUCUAGACAAAAGGCUUGGCAAAUCUUUUCUUUUUUUCUACCGGUGUCAGUAUCCACUCUUUGAGUUUUUCUAGAAACACCUCUCAUUUCAUCUUAUUUGCAUCUCUUGAUCUUCAUACUGAUGGAUAAUGAAAUGUCUUCUUCUUUGUGUGAACCAUCUGGCAGAGUAUAGUUAAUCUUCUUUUAAGCUUGAUCCAAAGGUGUGAGUGCAGCGAUUUUCACUUUUAUUUUUUAAAAGUGUGACGGGAUAGAAGAAUGGCCUUUUGGUUGUGAAAAAUAUGUAGCAAUGAAACUGCAUAUGGCCAAAAUUUACAUGCAGAAGUGGACAGUCCUGAGUUUUGCUGAGCAAACUCCUUUUUUUGUGCGAAAAGACUAAGUGGAUAUAAAUGUCUCUUGUGUCCUUUCGGCGGCUUUACUCCAUGGGUUUCUGAAGUCCCAUGCGUUUCAAUUAACUCUUUGCAAUUAUAUGUAGUUUAUAGUUAUAAUAUAUUUCUAUGUUGAAAAUCUUUUCAUGUGACAUUGAUUACGUCGAGGUAUUAUUUUUGUAACAUUUUGUAUUACCCAUAUUUUUGCUCUCCUCCUUAUCAGCCUUUCUAUUCUUUUGUACUCUCAGUCUCAAAGGCGUGUGCCUGUUGCCCUAUUUGGUUUUGUUUACCGUCCUUGUCUGUGGACUAGGUGUGUAAACCAUUGGUCAUGAGCUCUGUUUAUGGUUAUAAUAAUGAGCUGAGCUUCGAAGUCACAGGUGUGUGUUUUCCAUGUGAAGACACUAAACCAUGUUUGAUGGUCAUGAAGACCCUCGCCCUUAAACUGAUUCAAUUACCAUAAAGACCUCUGCAUCCUUCAUAUUCAAUAACCAUAAAAAUGUCGGUAUUGUCAACAAGAUUUUUUCAUCGUCAUCAUCUCAGCUCAUUUUAUGCAUUUUCAUACAUUAUUCAUGCUGCUCAUGAUGCAUUUUAUUGGUAAGGGCUUACCAAGCAAAGCAUUUCAUCAGGACAUGGUCACGUUUUCUUCUUUAAAUAGAAGAGGAUUUUUUUUUAAUGACAGAGUAUUGCUCUUCAGUGGGACAAACUGUAUUUAUUUGUCUUCCUUUAGACUCUUUUUGAAAUUUGUAAUAUAUGCCAAGAAUUCCAUGCACUGUUUGUUUUGCUCACAUAUCUGAGUGGGAGGUGUUUGACAGUUUUGAGAGACAGGAAUGUAUUGUGAAGUUCUGUUGUCAUGAGGGGCAAUCUAUGAGUAUGAGGAUUUCACUGUGUGCUGUCACGUCUGCUACCAUUCUUUUUGUGUUUUGCUUUUGGCUCCUUCCUCUUUGAAAGCUUGAUAUGAGUGACUGAAAAAUGAGACUGUGUUUGCUUUUGGCUCCUUACUCUUUGAAAGCUUGAUAUGGGUGACUGAGAGAUGAGACUUUUGCUUCUUGUUCACUGUUUAAACUCCUUAUCUCUGGCAAGCCGCUGCCAUCGGCUUGCGGUCAGAGCCGCUGUACCGGUGAUCCGCUGGCAGCAGCUUGGUCACAUUCCUUUAAAUCAUUGAUGUUAAAUAAAUUUUUGGCAACUGCCGGAGACAGGUUUCCUU